AUAAUAAAAUCAUCAAGUCACAGCCACAGGAGAUUGGUUUUGUUGUUUUUGUAUGGCAGAAAAUAUUGCAAAUAAUCUUUUUCUUUAUCACGCAUCAUGGCUCUUGUCAGUAUUAAUACGAAUUUCCAGAUAGUUUUAAGAAGGGUUUCGCGCUUAUUUGCUACUCCGAAAUCACGAAACUUUUCUGUAACAAGUGCACACAGGCAGGAAGUGGACCCCGCACAACAAAUUGAAGAACAACAAAAACGUAAUGAGGAAGUGGGUCAGUUCACCGAACUUGUUAGAGAUUUUCUCGACCCAAAAGAUUUCUAUGAAAGCCUGAAGAUUCAUGGCAUAGAUUUCUUCUGCGGGGUUCCUGACUCUUUGUUGAAGGACUUCUGUGCUUAUGUUACUUCAACUGCAAAGUCUGAGGACCAUGUGAUCACCAGUAAUGAAGGUAGCGCAGUGGCAAUGGCUGCUGGAUACCACAUGGCCACCCACAAACCUGCCCUUGUCUACUUACAGAAUUCUGGUCUUGGUAAUAUAGUCAAUCCACUGAUGUCCUUGGCAGUUCCAGCUGUCUAUAGCAUACCCAUGUUGCUCCUAGUUGGUUGGCGAGGUGAGCCAGGGAAACGAGACGAACCGCAACAUCUUCAUCAAGGUCAAGCAACACCUGGCUUACUCGCAUCCUGUGGCAUUCCGUUUCAAGUUCUUCCAGACUACCAAGAAGGUGCUGAACAGGCAAUCUACACUGCUAAAAAAUACAUGCAAACUUCAAAAGGACCAUAUUGUUUAUUAGUAAAAAGGCAAACGUUCUUGCCACACAAACUUCCACCGCCGGAUCAAAGGUUUAUGCUAAACCGUGAAGAAUGUCUGAAAUGCAUUGUGGACAAUCUUCAUGAUAGAGAUGUUGUUGUGGGAACCACAGGCAUGUUGUCACGCGAACUGUUUGAGUACAGAGUGGCAAAAUGUCAAGGGCACGAAAAAGAUUUUCUGUGUGUUGGAAGCAUGGGCCAUGCCUCUGCUAUUGCACUUGGCAUUGCAAAAAAGAAAAAGAAAAGACAGGUGUUUUGCCUGGAUGGUGAUGGAGCUCUCAUCAUGCACAUGGGUAACUUGGCAACGAUAGGUCAGCAAGACGUUCCAAAUUUCAAACACAUCGUUAUCAAUAAUGGUGCUCAUGAUUCCGUGGGAGCUCAACCGACAGAAGCUCAAAACUUGGACAAGUUUCAUAUUCCACGACUGGCGGAGGCCUGCGGUUAUAAAAUGGCAUUUAGAGCAUCAACUCCCGAGGAAAUAUCUGCGGGAGUGACGGCACUACGAGAGAACGAUGGUCCGGCAAUGCUUGAGAUACUAUGUAACGUCGGCUCCAGAAAAAAUCUUGGCCGACCAACCAGAACACCUAUUGAAAACAAGGCAGACUUUAUGCACUUCUUAGCCAUCGAGAGAUGAUACUGCAAACGAUGAAAAGAAUUAAAAGAAAUGGAAAUUAUUUGAUUUGUUGAAGAUACCAUACGUAGCAGUUAGAGAAUUUGAUGAUUAGAACGCUGAUAGCACCAUUCAGUAAAGAUGUAUAAUCUAAAAUAACACUGUGCAUAAGGUUGUCGUUUAAAAAUAUAAAAAAGAACAAUAAAUUGUUGGAGCUGUUUCAAA